GGGAGAGAGAGAGAGAGAGAGAGAGAGAGAGAGAGAGAGAGAGAGAGAGAGAGAGUUGGACCCGUGCGCUCCGCUCCAUCGAUCCGCAGAGGCGCACAGAGGAGCUUCCACCGGACGCUGGCCGCAGUUUCUGAGCUUUCGGGUUUUUAGCUGGAAUGCCAACAGUGGAUCCAGUGUUGGGAACAUGCUACUGGGAAAUUUGGUAGUGGUCGUGUUCUGUCUGUGGGGUACCGAUGUCAGCAGAGCUUACGUCUUUCAAGCCAGUAGACCUACAGAUGGAGGAGACAACCCCCCACCUCACACUAAAGUUGUCUCAGAGUGGGUCAGCUCAGCGGGCUCCUGUAAGGGCAGGUGCUUCGAGCUGGAGGAGGCCAAACCUCCAGGAUGCAGGUGCGACAAUCUGUGUAAAACCUACUACAGCUGCUGCUCCGACUUCGACGAGCACUGCCUGAAAACAGCGGGAGGUUUUGAGUGCGCUCAGGAUCGCUGUGGCGAGGCCCGGAAUGACGACCACGCCUGCCACUGCUCAGAGGACUGUCUGGAGAGAGGGGACUGCUGCUCCAACUACAAGUCACUCUGCAAAGGUGAGACUUCGUGGGUGCAGGGAGACUGUGAGGAGAUCAAGACUGCUGAAUGUCCUGCAGGCUUCAUCCGUCCUCCCCUCAUCAUGCUGUCUCUCGAUGGGUUCAGAGCGUCCUACCUGAAGAAGGGCAAAUCUGUCAUCCCCAACAUACACAAGCUCAGUACGUGUGGUACGUCAGCACCCUACAUGCGACCAGUCUACCCGUCGAAGACAUUCCCAAAUUUAUACACCUUAGCCACAGGUCUGUACCCAGAGUCUCACGGCAUCGUGGGGAACACGAUGCACGACCCGGUGUUUAACGCCACCUUCAGCCUGCGCACCAGAGAGAAACUGAACCACCGCUGGUGGGGCGGGCAGCCUAUCUGGAUCACGGCAGAGGAACAAGGAGUGAAAGCAGGCACUUUCUUCUGGCCUUGGGUGAUUCCUCUGGAGAGGAGGAUCCUGACCAUCCUGCGCUGGCUGCAUCUGCCCGAUGACGAGAGGCCGUACGUUUAUGCCGUCCACUCAGAGCAGCCCGACACCUUCGGACAUCGGCUGGGACCACUCAGCAGUGAGCUGGAUAACCCUCUGAGGGAGAUCGAUAACAUCAUCGGCCAGCUGAUGAACGGUCUGAAGCAGAUGAACCUGCAUCGCUGCAUCAACGUCAUCGUCGUAGGAGACCAUGGGAUGGAGGAGGCCCACUGUGACCGGACGGAGUUCCUCAGCAGCUACCCGCUCAACAUCGACGAGAUCAUGCUGAUCCCCGGCUCGCUGGGCCGAAUACGACCCCGCGACCCCAAAUCCACCACGUAUGACCCAAAAGUCGUGGUGGCAAACCUCACUUGUAAAAUGCCGACUCAGCACUUCAAGCCGUACCUGAAGCAGCAUCUACCCAAGAGGCUCCACUACGCCAACAACCGCAGGAUCGAGGACGUCCACCUGCUGAUGGAGAGGAAGUGGCACAUCGCCAGGAAAAUGCCAGAAAAACUGAGGACUCGCUGCGGUUUCUUUGGUGACCACGGCUUUGACAACAAGAUAACCAGCAUGAGGACCAUAUUCAUGGGUCAUGGUCCGAGCUUCAAGUUCCAGAAAAGAGUGUCAGAAUUUGAAAAUAUAGAGUUAUACAACGUCAUGUGUGACUUGCUGGGCUUGAAGCCGGCCCCCAACAACGGGACCCACGGCAGUUUGAAUGACAUGCUGAAGGAGCCGCCGCACCACCCCGGCAUGCCGGAGGAAGCGACGGCUCCGUCGCCGGCGUCCGACUCCGACGGCGCCGUGACCCACGACCUGGGCUGCAGCUGCGAUGACGAGAACAAAGUGGAGGAGAUCAUCGAAGCCUUCAGUCCUGCACCAGACGGACUCUACACUUACAACAGUACACACCUCCCGUUUGGUCGUCCAGCCGUGAUGUUUGACACUCAGUACAGUUUGCUUCAUCAUGUGGAGUUCAUCAGCGGAUACAGCAAAGAGCUGGCCAUGCCUCUGUGGACUGCAUACACACUGCCACGACAGGAGGACAUGACUCCUGUUCCGGAGGUUUCCCCCAGCGUCCAGUGUGUCCGAGUGGACUCCAGAGUGUCGGCCCAUCACAGUCAGAGCUGCACCGCCUACAGCCAGAACAACCAGCUCACCUACGGCUUCCUCUUCCCGCCAGAGCUGGCCUCGUCUCCGGAGUCCAGAUACGACGCCUCGCUCAUCACCAACACCGUGCCCAUGUUCCCGGCCUUCAAGAGAAUGUGGAGUUACCUGCAGGGGACGCUGCUGAGGCGUUACGCAGAGGAGAACAACGGCAUCAACGUCCUCGCCGGACCCAUCUUCGACUUCAACCACGAUGGCCUCCGAGACACCGAGGAGACGAUAAAAGAGUUCUCGGCCGACGCCCCGCCCAUCCCCACCCACUUCUACGCGGUGGUGACGAGCUGCCAGGAGCUGAAUCAGACGGUGGAAGAGUGUGACGGGGCGCUCCGGGUCUUUUCCUUCCUGCUCCCACACAGACCGGACAACAGCGAGGCCUGCAACAAUGCCGAGGAGGAGUCAGAGUGGGUCGAAGACCUGCUGAAGCUCCAUUCGGCCCGAGUCCGAGACGUGGAGAUCUUGACGGGACUGGACCUCUACCGGUCUACCAACCUCACCUACACCAGCACCCUGAGCCUAAAAACCUACCUGCACACCUUCGAGAGCGACGACUAGACGCGCCGAGAGACAGACACACAUACCGGAUGUAGCCCCUUGUAGAAGUUCUGCAUUUUCACCGCAUGCUCGCCGCACAGCCGACGCGUCGCUGUUCCACUCCUGAGGAACUGCCCCACAAGCGCUUGGGAAAGCAAACAAAUUUUUUUUAAAUUGAGAAGAUUAAAGAAUGGUUUGGCAAGUAGUAGCUUGGAAGAUUACAACAGGAUUAUUCAGUAGUGUCCAACAAAUCUGGGAAAGAAUAAGGUAGCACAGGAAUGAGGAUGUGGGACUUCCUCGACAGCUACCGACACACAUGUCAUAAAUCCAUCCAUAUAGUCUCAUGCCAACAUAAAUCGAUGUUUUAGCCCCUUACAAACACUGUAAACUUUCUAUUCUUACUACCAUCCAUUGCAUGCUGUAGAAUUUAAACAUUUUUGAGUGUGUCUUUUCUUCCUCAUAAAAAUCACUGAUCACCGUCUCUGUUAUUUUUUGUCAAAAGUCAUUCUGAGGGAACGCAGUGAGGACAUCUCAUAGCAAACUGCACACAAGCUAACCUGCACUCAUGCACUCAUGCUUUAUGCAAACACAUGGAAGCCAAUGGCUGCCUGAAAAAUUGGAAGAAGACAUUCAAAAAUCUGAAAGUCUACAGCAUGGUUUGCAAAUUAGUAGUAAUGUAAAACAGUUAAUGGGCUAAAACAUGCAAAGUUACUGGCAUGGUUCUGUAGAGGAGUGUAGUGUAUUUUUGGGAAAUACACUUAUUCCUUUCCUUGCUGAGAUUAGAUGAGAACAUUGCUACCAUUGUCAUUUCAGCAGCCUCUUAGCUUAGCUUAGCAUAAACACUGGAAACAGGAGGAAACAGCUAGCCUGGCUCUGUCCAAAGCUAACAAAAUCUGCUUAUCAGCACCUCUAAAGCUCACGAAGUAACACAUCACAUCUCUUUGUUUACUCCAAAUAAGCGCAUUUCCCCAAAUGUCAAACUGACAACAUGGCACAUACAUGUAAACAUAUAGCAGAUUCCCACGCAAGCACACAGGUCUCAUCACGUGGACACCAGGGUCAGAACAUAUCCAGAGGCCUGAAACAUGUGGAAUUAAACGUGGGAAGAGAAGCCGAAACUGAGCCCGUUCAUGUGGGUCGCCUCCUUUAAUUUUCAUGGCUGCAAAGAACGGUUUCCAGGUAUAUGACUGCUGUCCUCUGUGGGCUACCGCAGGUAUUUACUGACUGAGGAAAGCUGAAUAUUAUUUUUGUGAUGUAAAAAUAGUGCUGUUUUGUGGCUGUGUGGCCUGAGCUUGGACAAAAUAUCAAUACAAGAGAGACAGGAAAACGCUGACCACAUGAAUUAAGCAAUAUGGCACAAGAAUGAUCUCAAAAGUGGUGGGCCGGGACGGCUCCUUCCUGUUUUUAUGGCCUGAUGACGGCCUCUUUCCAUUUGUGGGUUCGACAGUUGUAAAUGGUACAAGCUGAGGGUUUCAUCGUCAGAACACAAGUUUGAUGAAACUUCCCUGAAGUGGACAGAACGGACUAUUAAAAAACAUAAAAAAGAGAGAAAUAGUUAACUUCUAACUCUGGUGCACCCAUGAACGUAUCUGUACACACAAAACACACACACACACACACCAAGAGCAGCAGUUUUCUCUGUUUUCACAUCUCACACACAUCCCCCUCCUUUUGUCUCAGUUGAUAAAUCUAGGUGUAUAUUUUUAUACAAUUUUUCAUAUUUAUUAAGCAGCAUCUAAUCAUAACAGCACCUAAUGCUACAGUCUUAAUCUCGUGUAAAAGAUCCGUCCCUGUUUACUGUAACACGAUAGAAAGAGACUGACGCAGAGCAAGGAGGCAACAAAGUGCUGCUGCCUGAACGGAUCCGGGUUUUUAUUUCCGUACGUUUGCAGCAUCAGUCCCUGAAGCAUGUUUGAAACACGUCCAGUUACAAAAUCCACUCUUACAGCAUGUGGAGGUGAAAUUGAUGGUUAACAUUCUGCGUACAUGCAGAACUGUGGUGAGUCUGGUACACGUUUACAAUGGAGGACAAGGGAUGGACAUUAUAAUGAGCAUUUCUAUAUUAAUACCAACAUUCACCUUCAUGGUGAUCCAGCUGUGUCCUUGGGUUCCGGCGCCUUUGUAAAAGACAAAUAUAAGAACCAGAACGCCCCACAACACUGGUCUCAUCGUUUGUUGUUAGUCACCUCAUCUCCUUAUUCAGCUUCCUGCAUUCACACCUUUAACUCUACGCAUAUAAAAGCAGUCAGAGCCUGUAUUUUUUCAUGUUUGGUAUUUACUUUCGUGAUGUUACAGUGAUGAGUUAAUGUAACUAGCUAUCAAAUCAGUCGAACAGAAAAAAAAUAAUCCAGAAAAACUUAAUGAAGUGACUUAAGAGCUUGCCAAACUGUAGCUGAAUCCAUGCAUAUUCCUAUAGUCUUUCAAAUAAAAGCU